UCUCAUCUUCUCUUGCCUCUCAUUUAAGCAUAUAGCGCAUACCUCUUGCGAAAACGCUAGACAACCCAAUCGAAAACCACAAUGUGGCGAUCUAUCAUUUAUCUAGCAACUGCCCUUCAUUUCAUUAUCUCACCCGCUGUCGCCAGAAACAUCACCGUCCCUCUUUACAAGCGAACAAUACCUCCAUUCUAUGCCGCAAAUGGAGAAGAGCUCAAUGACGGAUUACUUGCAGGCGAAAUGUUCAUUGGCAACCCUCCGCAAAAAAUGAAGCUCGUUUUUGAUACUACUUCAGGUUAUACGUGGGCACGAGGAAGUCAGUGCAAGUCCGAAAAUUGCCUCGACCGAUGCACAUUUUAUACAAGGCGAUCCAGGUCAAUCGAAUAUACGGGACUUCGUCAUAGUGUUUCCUACGGGGAUGCAUGCGUCGAUACCAAGGUUUGGAAGGAUACUGUAGAAUUUGCAGGCGUUCAAAUCCCACACUCCUAUUUCGGUGUAGCCAAUCGUAUGAAUGGCUUUGAUCACGGAUUUGAUGGGUACUUUGGCCUCGGUCCUGCCGUCAAAUUUGGUAAUGGAAAGUACCAUACAACAGCUUCUUCAAGCUUACAGAAACGAGAUGGAGCACCCUCAACUUUCCUCAGUGCAGCCUUCCAACUAGGUCUUAUUAGCAGCCCUCAAUUUUCCAUCUACAUUACUACUGGAGGAGGUACCUCCGGAAAUUCAGUCGUCCAGCCCACUACUGCCGCACCGCUACCAGCCGCACCAGCACCAGCACCAGCACCAGCGCAACCUGCACAACCUGCAGCACCUGCACCAGUUCAGCAAGCAGCGCCGCAAAACAACAACGUGAUCCCCAAUCCGCCUUCACCACAACAACAAUAUCCAGCAGCCACGGGCUUUAUCAAACGUGGACAACACUUGUAUGAGCAAGCUCCUGUAGGUCAGCUCAUUUUUGGAGGAAUUGAUCAAACGAAAAUUGAUGGGGACAUACAUUAUUUACCACUAUCGUCACCAAGAAAAAAUGAAGUUAAAGGAUGGAACAUUUGUCUUCAAAAGGCAGAGUUUGGUGACAAGUUAAGGCUACAUCAAUACAAAUAUGCCAUUGCCUCCAUCAGUUCAUCAAGCCCCUACAUUACCCUGCCUCCUUCACAAGCGGAUUGCUUUCAUGAAAAAUUCGGAGCAGUGUACCAGCAAUCUACCGGUACAUAUACUGUCAAGUGCAGCAAAUUGAAAAGUCUUCCGCCCCUCAUUCUCGAGUUUGAUUCUAUUACUGUCGAGCUUCCUGCAGAUGUGUGGACAGGCGUAACGGAUUCCGGUCAAAAUUGCUGCCAUACAAAAAUUCGUCGAGGCAGCUCUGAACAUGACUGGGUCCUGGGUACAACCUUCACCCACGCUUUUUAUUCAGUGUUUGAUUCUGAAAAAGAUGCUAUCGGUUUCGGUCUGCUGAAAGGCUCAGAGAACGGUGUAAAGAUACAAGUUAAAAAUUAAGUGCAAAGACCACAUAAAGAAUGACCAUCAUGCAAAGGCCAUAAAAAUAACUGCCAUCUCUGUAAUUUGGUAUUUCCUAUAUCGUGGUAUAUUUGUUAUCCAUAAACUUGCGUUGUAUGCAAGCGUUACCGUA